AUGUUGAAUCUUCAUCGUUAUUUAAAAUCGAUAAAUAAAUAUAUUAAAAUAAAACAUCGUUAUUUAUCAAUAAGUAAAUUUGAUUUAAUUGAAUCUAGUAGAAAUAUUCAAGAAUUAAUUAAAUUAAAAGAUAAUAAAUCAUCAACAUCUAAAUGGCUUUAUGAUUCAUUAAAUAAAAUUCAUGAAGAAUAUCCUUCAUCAUAUGUAGCAACAUCAACAAAAGAAAUUUAUCAAAAAAAUUCAUCGAAAUUAAAUUCCAUAUAUAUUGAAUUUGAAAAUGAUAGAAAAAAACAAAUUGGAUAUUUUAAAGAAGAUAAUCAAGAUAAAUUAAUUAUUCUUCUUCGAUAUAUUCGUUAUUUACAAGUUGCUUUUAUUUAUCGACUUAUUACAUUUGAUAUAAAUAUAACUUUAAAAGAAUCUUCCAAUUCAAUUAUUUAUUUAACUCAAUAUGAAAAUAAUUUAGAUAAAAAUUCAUUAUCAUUAGUAUGUGAAUUAUCAUUUUUUGUUUAUUUAUUAUCAUCUCAAUAUUCAUUAUCAAAUGUUAAAUCAUUAUUAUCACGUACAUAUAUUGUUAAUUAUCUUAAAAAUUAUUUAUAUAAAAUAUUAUGUGAAAAAGAUUCAAUAGAAUUAGUAAAUCAACUUUGUUUAGUACUUAAUUCAAUAGUAGAAAUUCCUUCAUCAUCAAUAAUUGAUUUAUGGUCAUAUGAACUUUUAAAAUAUAUUCAUUAUAAAAAAUGUUGUUCAUUAUCAAUAAUUGAAUAUCUUAUAUUAAUUAAACAUUCAUCUAUAAAUAAAAAUUCAUCAGAAAUAAUAUCUAUUUUAAAUGAUUAUUUAAUACAAGUUGGAAUUCAUCAACAUAAUUUAAAUAUUAUUUGUCAAUUACUUAUAUUAAUAUCUUCAUUUAAUUAUUCACAUGAAUUAUUUAUAAAAAAUGUUAUUGAAAAUAUUAAAAUAAAUAUUAAAAAAUCAGAAGAUAAAAUAAAUCCAUUAUCAGAUAUUAAAUUAUGUUCUCGUUUAAUUUAUUAUUUAUGUUUAACUGAUCCAACAAAUCGAUUUCAAUCACGUCCAAUUAUUGUUGAAUUAAGUAAAAUAAUAAAUGAAAAUCUUAAUAAAAAUAAUAAAUUCGGUCAAUGGAUUGUUCAAGCUCAACAUGGAAUGAUGCUUUCUAAUAUUUAUAAUUAUCAACUUCUUUUUUCUACAGUUCAACAUCAAAUCUUUCCAUUGCUUUUUCGAGAUUUGGGUGUUUAUACAUGGUCAAUACCUCGACAAUUAUUUGAUAUUCAUCAUGUAUUAUCUAUUGAUCGACCUUUACUUAAAAAUAGUUUACUCAAUUCUGAAAUGCUUCCAUUUGCUAGAAAAAUUUCCGAUGAAUAUCGAUCAUCAAUUCGAUCAAAUCAAAAAUCAUAUAAUCAAUUUUUAAAUGAAUUAAAUCAAUUAUUUAAUAAUAUCUAUGGAGAGGGAACAUCAAAAAUAAUUGAUACUAAUAUUAAUUAUCCAUUUAUACUUUUUGAUUUUUUAGAAAUAAAUUUACCAGAUAAUGAUGAAUUAAGAUCAAUUGGUAUUAACACAAAACAAAGAAUAGCUAUUCUUCCAAUAUUAAAUUCAAUGUUAAUAAAACAACAACGAUCAGAUGGAUCAUUAGUUCGUGUUCUUAGUGCACAUACAACAAUGAGAUAUAGAAUUAUUGAAAAAAAUAAUUAUCAAAUUGUACUGAUAUUUCAUGGUGAAUAUCUUCGUGCACUUCGAGACAAUACAAUAAAAACAAUUUUUGAGACAAAUUUAGCUCUGAAAACUAUUCCUCAUUUAUCAAAUAAAGACACUUCAAGAUAA